GUUGUAGAAAAAUCUUACCCAACAGAACCUGUUGGAGUAGUAUGCCAAGUGGAUGGGAAGUACCAGGUUGUGGAAUAUAGUGAAAUCACAUUACAAACAGCUCAGAAGAGGAAUGAAGAUGGCCGUCUUGUUUUUAGUGCCGGAAACAUUUGCAACCACUUUUUCACCUUUGAUUUUCUGAAAGAACUUGUCAAUGAGCAUGAACCAUUCUUGAAGCACCAUGUGGCGAAGAAGAAGAUACCAUAUGUCAAUGACCAAGGCAAUAUAAUCACACCAGAAAAACCAAAUGGAGUCAAAAUGGAAAAAUUUGUUUUUGAUGUCUUUGAAUUCUCAAAUAACUUUGCAGUAUUUGAAGUACUACGUGAGGAUGAAUUCUCACCGCUGAAAAACAGUGAUAAGGCUGAGAAAGACAACCCAACAACUGCCAAACAUUCACUCAUGUCCUUACACCAUCGCUGGGUGUUGACUGCUGGUGGAUCAUUUGUUGACAAGAAUGAUUCUCUCAUUCCAGCUAUCCCAAGCAAACGGUUGAAACUUGACACAACCAGAAGGUGAAGUCAACUUGUACUUUUGUAACACAACAAGUAACCAUAUAAUCAUACAUAUAUACAUUUAGUUGCACUAUAUACUGUAUUAGCUUCUGUAUGUCAUCAAACUAAUGAUAUCUUAUUGCACUCCUAAUUGAGUUCAAAAUUCUAAGCUUAUACUAAAGAUUGCUUGUGAUUUUUCAUCCUUGCACACUGACAGAUCCUGAAUUUGUUUGCUUGGGAGUCCAACAGGCAAUUGAGUACCUAUAAUGGUUGGGGUGGUAGUAACAAUGCUUUGAAGGUUUCUGGUGUUCCCUUAAGCAUCUUGGGGGCACAGGGGCUAUGGCCCUGGAAGUGCUGGAGUCUUAGUGUACACUUGGCCCCAAGGGUUAAAAGUUGACUAAAAUGAAGUCAGAACCAAUGCCAAUGUUAUUUAAGGUUGCUGUUUGCGGUUCCCCUCUCACUAUUGCUGCUCAAACACACAACUUGGUGAAGUCUACACCAUCUGGUAGUUCAGAGCUAGUCUUCUAUACUAACAGGGCCAACUUUGGUGAUCUAUAAUCUAGUCGGUGUUGCAAUGUUAUAAUAGGGCUGUAGAUAAUGGAGUUAUUCAGUAUCAGUGCUGGCUAUGUUUCUAAGAUAUCUAAGCUCUCUGAGCUUAAUUCUCAAGCUUACAAUGUACGCACUGGCUUGUGUGUAGAAAACUGACCACUGUAAUUGCCAUUGCAGUGUGUCAAUACUAGUUGUCAUAGUAAUGAUACUAUUGUGCCUGCUUCUGGUUGUCCUACUGUGCUGUAGAUUUACUGUGUGGCUAACAUGGCAG